AGCCAUUUUGGCUGAAAAGAGGGCUUACUUCUACGGCCUCGGUCAGGCGCGCGGCGCAGACUUUCAGCUUCCAGCGCUCACUUCCGACAAUGGCGGGCGAGGCGGGCAAGGCGCGCACAGUGCUGCUGGCGACCGAGAAGGCCUUUGCGGCCGACGCGGUGGCCAAGAUCCAGGCCGCCUUCGACGAGUCCAAGUACACCAUGAAGAAGCUGGAGAACUACAAGAGCAAGGACGAGCUCUUGGCCGCCGUGGCCGACGUGGACGCCAUGAUCAUCCGCAGCGACAUCGUGGACGCCGCGGUCCUGGAGAAGGCCGCGAAGCUGAAAAUCGUCGUGCGGGCCGGCGCUGGGUACGAUAACAUCGACUUGAAGGCCUGUGAGGCGAAGUCGAUCACGGCGAUGAACACCCCAGGGCAGAACGCGAACGCCGUCGCCGAGCUGGUGUUCGGCAUGAUGCUGACAAGCGCCCGCAACAACUACGACGGCACCAGCGGCUUCGAGCUCGUCGGCCGCAGCAUCGCCUUCUACGGCUACGGGGCCGUCGCCAGGGCGGUGGGGAAGCUGGCAGCAGGCUUCGGCAUGGUCCUGUACGCCUACGACCCCUACAUCCCGAAGGACGCCAUCAAGAAAAUGGGCGCCGAGCCUGUGGACACCGUGGCGGACCUCUUCAAGCACCAGUACGUGUCGCUGCACGUGCCGCUGACUCCGGAGACCAAGGAGUCCAUCAACAAGGAGCUGCUGCUCAAAAUGCCCAAGGGCGGCACCCUGAUCAACACUGCAAGGAUGGAGGUUGUGCACGAGGGGCAGAUGCUCGAGGUGCUGAAGGAGAGGCCCGACUUCUGCUACCUGUGCGACGUCGGCUUCAAGGCGCAGGAGGAGGCGAAGGCGAUCGUUGGGGACAAGUACAUGAAGCGGGUGAUCUUCACCAAGAAGAAGAUGGGCGCCCAGACCAUCGAGGCAAACAACAACGCUGGCAUCGCUGCGGCCAACCAGAUCGUCGGCUUCUUCGAGAAGGGCGAGACCAAGUUCUCUCUUAAGGCCUGAGCUGGAGCCGCGAGCGCAGCCUUGGCAGGCACCGAGGGAAGGGGGAGAUGGUGCUGGGGAGGGCGAGGCAGACGUUGGAGACUGAUGCCCGCCUUUGUCGCUUCCCCAUCAGCCGCGGCUCCGCGCCCUGCGGGGCCCCUUACUCCGCGCGCUCCACCUUCGGCGGCACGCGAGAGUGGCCCUUCGCCUUGGUGGCCUCUGCUGCGCGGCCUUCGCCCUGGGCUCGGACUUUGUCUCUUCUGGCGCUUCUCCUCGGUUCGGGCCCCUGGGGCCAGCGGUGCGGCCCCGUGCCAUCGAGCGUGGCCCCAGGGCGACAAAAGCUACGCCCAGGCAAGGGGUCGGGACUUCUCGGGCCGCGCAUUGAACAACUCGGAUC